GAAGAAUAUUAAGAAAUCGCAAAGGUGCGAGCAUUUGAAAAUUGAAAUUUAUUAACUAUGUAAAUGUAUAUCGGAAACUUCCCUACAUUUAAUUUAUAUUUUUUUAUAUAGUACUUUCUAAUCAUUAAAAAUAUUUAUAAAGUCGGCAGCAGCUCAAAAAGUAGUUAAGUAGAUCAUUUCCGCCGGUAUUGUGUAAAAACUUCAAUUGAACGUAAUUGUUUAUUAAAAUCUUUUUGAAUUUUUGUCAUAUAAAAUGUUCUGACCCAGUCCUUGACCAGCAUUGCCGAAAUCGAGCCUCCUCAAUAGGGUUAAAAAAUCUUCCAUCAUGAAGUACUUGAUCACCAUCCAAUUGACUCUUAUCGUUUUUUUCUCAAUGCACAUCUCAAGCUCCUUCUCAUACCCACGAUUUAAACCGGCUCUACCCAAAGUACUAAAAAAAUCUUUCAAAUUGUCACACCAAAAAUUCUUAGAAAAAUGCGAAAAAUCAAAAGUACUUGAUGAAGUCGAAAAUCAGGAUUAUCUGGCCACGCAAAUGGCAUAUGCGUUGGCAAAUGUCAUAUUGAGGAAAGCAAACAAAUUGACCAAAAUUUACGAAAAGGAUUGGGUCCGUCUUGUUGCUAUUCAGUGUUCUGAAAGUGCUGGUGUUACAGGCUUAAUUGUAGAUAACGUUGCUCAGCUAAAUAAAUGUUUUGAUAAAAAAAUACAAAUGAAAGGAUGGAAGAAGCUUGUUUUCACGAGUGCACUGCUUGAAGCAUACUGUGCUGCAGUGAAGAAAUUGGCUAAAAAAACAUACACAUCAAGCAAGAAACAAGACCAGAACUAUUAAAGAACAUUACUCAAGAAAUCUGCCAAUUGAAUAGUUUUUUAUUCGGUGCUGAGGGAACUUAAAAUCUACAUCAUAUAUAAAGUAAUACCUGAUAGUAUUAUAGUCUUGUCAAGAAAUCAGGUUUUUUUGUUAAAUUAAUAUUCAGAGAACUAAAUUUAUAAACUUUGCUACAUAAAACUUGUAAAAUGAAGGUGCUAAUAAAGGCUUCUUGAAGUUGAA